ACAAUACACCAAAAAGAAAUGGAUAGAGUCAUGGUGAUGAUGUUGUUUGUGCUUUUGGUUAGCUUAGUGGGAGCAACGAUGGCCGAGCAAUGCGGCCGGCAAGCCGGCGGGGCGUUGUGUCCGAACAACUUAUGUUGCAGCCAAUACGGGUGGUGUGGGGACACCGAUGAGUACUGCUUGCCGGAAAACAAUUGCCAGAGUAACUGCAGAGGUCCCGCUCCUGGAGGAGGAGGAGCGACGGUGAGAUCUACUUACCAUUACUAUAAUCCGGAGCAAAACAAUUGGGAUUUGAGGGCUGUGAGUGCCUAUUGCUCCACCUGGGAUGCUGACAAACCAUUUGCCUGGAGGAGUAAGUAUGGUUGGACUGCCUUUUGUGGCCCUGUUAGCCCUGGUUUCCCCGCUGCUUGUGGCAGAUGCUUGAGGGUAAGGAAUACAAGGACUGGUGCUCAAACGACAGUGAGGAUUGUGGAUCAGUGCAGCAAUGGAGGGUUAGAUUUGGAUUGGGGAGUUUUCCAGCGAAUCGACACAGACGGUGAAGGGUAUCGGCAAGGCCACAUGACUGUUCGAUACGAUUUUGUUGAUUGUGGCAAUGGCUUCAACCCUUUAAUUGCUUCCUUUGUUGAUAAUUAGCACUUUAACAGUUUCUCGCUGUUUAGUUAUGUGCUACAAAUCUUAUGCCGCUGGCAACUCUGGUUGCUAGUUUGUUUGCUUUGUUGAAAACUUUAAAGAAUAAUAAACCAUCUCGUCUG